AUGUGAUUGAGAAGAGGCCGCGUGGUUGCUUCUGCUUGCUCUUAUAAUUACCCUCUCGCGGUCCCCCCCUCGCUCUCUCUCUCUCUCUCUCUCAAGCUUCCUCCAUUACCACCGCUUCGGAAGCUCUAACCAAAUCUCAUUUUCACCUCUCUACGACUGUUUUUUUGGUUGAUUUGAUUUGCAGAUUGUUUAAUCUCGGAUCGUCUGUGUGCUUAUUCUCGUAUAUUUCUGUGAUUGAGUUCUUAAGAUGGAUGUGAUUGUCUCUAAACUGGAAGAGCUGAGGAAUUCCGAUUCCAUGGAGCAGCGACCGUGUAAACGCCGAAAAAUCGAAUCGGAGGAUCGAAUGGCGGAUAUUCAUGGCGCCGAAUCCACGGAUUUGAGAACACGGUGGAGAACAGAGUCGGAGAAGUAUAUUUACUCUUCAAAACUAGUUCAAGCUCUCCAUCGAAUAAGCCAGAAAUCCGCAUCACCGCUGGCGAGAUCUUCGAUUAACGGUCGGAAAGUACGCGAUACGGCGGAUCGAGUUCUCGCCGUUGCCGCUAAAGGCAAGACGCGGUGGAGCAGAGCGAUCUUGUCAAAUCGACUGGAUCUCAAACUCAAGAAGCAAAAGAAGGUGAAACCGGCCGGAAACGGCAGGUGGACUAAGAAAUUGGAAGUAUCGAAGACGAGGAAAUUACCGGCGGUACAGCGAAAAGUUCGAACUCUCGGCCGCCUAGUUCCCGGCUGCCGGAAUAUCUCAUUCCCGAACCUCCUUGAAGAAGCUACAGAUUACAUCGCCGCUCUUCAGAUGCAGGUCCGCGCCAUGACAGCCGUUGCCGAGAUUCUCGCCGGUGCUCCGGCCGAUCGUCAAAGCUUCAGAACGAAUUCGUAGAAGCCAGGUCCAAGG